GCGGGCGCAGCCUGCGGAGCCGUGCGGUGAAGGCCGGCUGAGGGCGUCGCGCCGCCGCGCUCGGAGGGGACGGCCGGGACCCCGCGCCUGCGGGAGUGGCGGCCAUGAGCGGCGCGGAGGAGGAGGAGAAGGCGGCCGGACGCGGGCGGGCGUUGGGUGCCAGCGAUGCCUCCCCAGAUGAAGGAGUCGAAGCAGAUCUGCCUAUUAUAGAUGAGAGAGCGGUGGAGCAGCUGACUGAAGGGCUGAUUUCUCACUAUUUGCCUGAUCUUCAGAGAUCCAAAGCAGCUCUGCAGGAGCUUACACAGAACCAAGUGGUAUUACUAGAAACAUUAGAACAAGAAAUUACAAAAUUCAGAGAGUGUAACUCCAUUCUUGAUAUCAAUGCCUUGUUUUCAGAAGCUAAACACUAUCACAGCAAGUUAGUGAAUAUUAGAAAUGACAUGAUGAUGCUCCAUGAGAAGACUUCUAAGUUAAAAAAAAGAGCACUUAAACUACAACAAAAGAGGCAGAAAGAAGAACUGGAAAGAGAACAGCAACGUGAGAAGGAACUGGAGAGAGAGAAGCAGCUAACAGCAAAACCUGCAAGGAGGACGUGAAAGCAGAGCGUGCAACAGCUUGUCCAAAUUAAUCAUUUCUGCAUUCUCUAGAGUUAAGGCAAACUUUGAUUAAACCAGGCUAUGGUUAUUACUAGCAGCGGUCUACUCUGGUGUUAUAAAUUCCAGAAUGUUAAUAAUCAGUGGGUAACAUUCAAAUUUUUUACUUUAGUCAUUCAGGUUGCCUUCUUUUGUAAUGCUAUGCAGUUUGAUACUAUGACAGUAUAAGUUAAUUUUAUAUAUAAAUAUAUAUAUAUAAUGUAUAUUGGAGAACCUAGGCAUCAUGGGUAUUUAAAUACCUAUAACUUCUUAAUGUGUUUUUCUGGUGCUUAGAAUUCUGAGCUGUUUGGUGAUUGGGACGUGUGUUUUCCAGACAAAAUAUGAGUUGUGGUUGUUAAAGUUCAAUUCUGGUCCCUGGACUUCAGAGCCCCUCUGUUAUACUGAAUCUGCAUUGAUUCUGGCAGUUGUAAUUUCUUUUCAGUGCCGUGAGUCAUAAAUACAGACUCUUUUUUUCAACCUUGAUUUAGUUGGUUAUUGUUUUUUCCUUUUGUUUGACUAAUAGAGACAUAACCAGAGCUGAACAAUUUCAUCUUCAUGUGGAAUUCAAUUAUCAGUAGGAAAAGUUGGUGCAUUUUUUUUUCCAUUUAUUCAUGUGUAUUUAGGGGCUAUGUGAGUUAGUGUUGUAUGUUGUCCUUACUUAAAAUGAUUAUUAUUAAUGAACAUUAUGAUAAAUAUCGUAUGGAUGUUGAUAUCCAUUUCUCUGAAUUGAAUUAGUUGCAGCACUUGGUGUGAACUCCCAUUCAGAUGAAUGUGCACGUUGUCUAGACUGGUAAAAGAGCUUUAAGCUGUUUGUGCCUACAGUCUAACAAAUGAUCUAUGUUGUUUUUAUUAUUUAAGUUGUAGUAUAGGUGGCAUGUAUUGAAGUAAGAUGAAGGGCAAGCUUUGUAAAGGUAUCCAUACAGUUUGUAUGGUAAGACAUCCAAGGGGCACACAGUCGAUAUUACUUUCAGUUUUAGGUGGUUUAAACAUUGUAUACCUGCCUGGACUCUGCUGUGCUGUACUUUCCUGAAGUCCUAAUUUCCAUUUGUAAGACUUUUUUUCUUUGAAAGAUCGACUGUUAUGAGUAGUCAUCAAAACAUUACUGCUGUUUACUUUGUGUGUUUGGAGCAAGGAGAACAAACUACUGAAGUAGUCUGAAAUGCCUUUUCUGAAGUAGUAAUAGGUUAAAACUGAAGUUGGCUUUUGUUUUGUCGUAAUUGCCAGUGGAUUGUUGACCUGUGCUGUGGUUUAUGUGUAUUUCUAAAAGAAAUGUUAAAGAAUUUCUACAGUCCAUUUUUGGAGCAAAAUGUACAUUACUGAAUAUUGUUUAAUUUUUUUUUUUAUUUUAUAAUGUAACUUCAAAAUUAGUUUUUAGGAAUUUAAAUGGUUCUUAUUAAAGCAUAACAUGAAACUAGAUGCUUCAGUGAAGUAUCCUAAUCAAGAUUAAUUUCCUUUGCUAUUUCUCAUUUGACGUUACCUCAUCUGGUAUCCAGUUUAGUGUUUCAUGUUGAGCUCUGUUGUGUUUUGGUUGGUUGGUUCACUGUUUGUCUGCUUGUUUUGGGGGGAAGCUUAUGAAUUGUUCUGCUUUUUCCUUCCCCCUCCCACCCCACCCCCCUCCCCCUCGAACACCAUGGUCACUUCUAUUGAAAAUACAGAAUUCUAAGCAUAAGAAUUGAUGCUUUUUGCUAGACUGAGUAACUUUAUUCCUGUAUACAUUUUCUUACUCAUCGUACCAACUCAUUUUUGAACUAUAAGGUUAUUGCAGUGGAAUUAGUUCACUUGAAUGUGCGAUAUCAUUUUGAAUUCUGAUUUUCUAAGAUUAUACAAAUGUAUGGAUUAUAAGUGCUGACUGAGGAA